AUUUUAUGUACGUAACAACGAUACAACAAGAAAAUAUAUAUGCGAAUACACACGUCGCAUACAAAAGUCGUUAGGGCCAAUGCUAUAAAGAAAUCAAAUCAAAUAAAAUAUUCACGCUGCAGUUUAACGUAACAACAAUUGAAAAUAGCUUGACAUAAAAAUUUACAGUUACGUUUGGAUUUACAACCCAGCUACGUUCAUUUCCGUAAAAGGGGAGGGUUACACAGACAACCCACACACACACACAUACACACCCACACACAUAUAACAUUGAGUAACUUCAGCACACAGCAUGAGGCGGAUGAGUCCUUGAAGCCUCAAUAGGCGUGCAACAACCCCCAAGCAAAGGCAAACACACUAACACACACACAGUCGUCGUCAUCGCCAUCGGUGUUAGUGCAUGUACGCGUAUUUGUGUGCACCCAAAAAACGUCAACAAAAAAUAAACAAGCACACACACAAACACAGAGAGAGUUGCCAGACGUCGUGCUGUCUACGUAAUCACUCACACAAACACACACACACAUGGAUACAUUACGUACAUGUAUUUGUAGCGGCCCUUUCAUCUCAUCGCAUGUCGCACAAUAAAAACAGGCGUAAAGGAUAUUAUGAGGCAACAGACAUUUGCGAAUAAGCAACAACAAUCCGUCCAUUUAAGCUACGUUAAGGAUUUCUUUUGAGACAGACAGAUAGAAAAACGCUCCAGUUUCCACAAUGUUCGGAUCCAAGUUGCGCUCCUGGAUGGAAACGCACAUUGUGCGUCCACGCAAGAACAAGGGCAACAAGAACAAACAGGCGGAGAAUGCGGCAGGUGGCAGCAGUGGGAACAGCAGCAGCAGCAAGAAGGCGGGCACCUUGCCACCGAACAGUAAUCUAAAGUCAGCGACAAGUCCGGUGCUGACCAGCAGUGGCAGCCACAGCAUCGCAAGUCCAGUGCGAAGACGCGAAGUGUCGCCCAUCCAAUGUCAUACGCCCAGUCGCUAUGGCUGGCAAUCGCCGGAUCAGGAUAACUCCAUCACAUCGCCCAAGUCGGAUAAUCUACUAUAUGCGCCACAUCGCUAUCAACGCCAUCAGACGUUGCCGCCACUCCAGCAGCAGCAACAGCAGCUGCAGCAGCCACAGCUGAGCGUGCCCAGCAAGGAUAGCUGCAGUUCGAGUGCGGACAAGUCGCCAAUGCGCGUCAAUUGCUCCUCCUCGUCGAUAUCGUCACUGUCGUGGUCCACCGGCUCCAAGGAGCCCUCCUCGGCCAAGCAGCAGCUCAACUACAAGUUAGAACCCGCCGAGGAUGAGGUGGACUAUGAGGAAGUGGGCGCACUGCUAUUGCGUCCACAGCCACCGUUGCCGUUGUUGCAGGAUUAUCAGCGACCCAACUCGGAGAAUCUCCUUAGUCUGCAGCUGGUCUACGAGGAGGAUCAACAGCAACAGCAGCAGCAUCCCAAAAAGAACUCCAACCAUGUGCACUAUGGCCGCCUGUUGCCCUCCAAGCUGGCCACCGUGCAGCUGGUCGAGUCCUUGGAGAGUCUAACGAUGACACCACCCCAACCACCACCGCCACCAUCUGUGACCAAUCAGCUGAGUCGCAUGCGUGCCCCACGCGCUGGCCUGCCGCGUGGCAACUUUAUGCCUGGUCCGAGGCCACACAGUUUAUCGUCGCCGGAGAGCGCCUAUUCCACGGGUUACUCUACCGAUGGCACCUCGCCAUGUGCCGCCAGCAGCGCGAAUCCGCCAGCCCCCGAAUAUUAUAUUAAUAUGCGCACAGGCACCCAUUAUUUUCCCAGUCGGUCCGUCAACUCGGAACGCUAUAAAUUUGGCCUCAAUCGCAUCGAGGAGAUGUCGCCCAUGGAUCCGUUGCCAAAGAGUAAUUUUGGCAACACCCUGGAGCCCAAUCCCAGUCCAUUGGUAUUGCAGCACAAGCUCUUUGAAUCCCCCUCGCCCCGCCAGCGUUCUCGCAUACGCACGAAUCCCUGGUAUAAUACGGCUGAGCAUAUGCCUGCUAUGCCGGGCAGCAGUCGCUCGGAGCCGGAUGCCACCAGCACCACAUCCACAACAUCCUCGGGCAUUAAGUCAAGCAAUGAGCUGGAAAUGCGCUCAGCUAAAAUAACAACAACAAUAGCAACAACAACACCAGCAGCAAAAGCUUUAGCAAAAACAACAGGAAUUGCAACCCCCACCAAACUGAGGAUUGGGGGCGCCGAGUCCUCGGAGGGCUCGUCGUCGUCCUCGACUGAAGUGGAAAAUCUGCAUGCACCGCACACCAUCAAGCGACGCCACUUGGAGCAGCAACAGCAGCAGCAACAGCAACAGCAGCAGGCGGACUCCUUUCUGUUGAGUGACGAUGAGGCGACACUCAACGAGAUGAUUGGCAAGUUUGACGAGAGCUAUGUCUACGAGAAGGAGACCGACAUACUCAGCAGCGACUCGGAUCCCACGGAUUGCGCUUCGGAACUGGAUACGGGGCAGGAUGCGGGCGAUGAAUGCGAUACGGAUGAGCUGCUGGACAUUGAUUUUAUAGACACAUCCUCCAUGCAGGAGGUGGUGGUGCUGCAGGAGCGUCAGGAUCAGCAGCGUAAUCUGGGCAGCUGCCACUAUUAUCCUACGCCCAGUCCACUGAUCCUGCGACGCAGCUCAACACGUUCGCGUCGCCGCAGCGGCCAAGAUCUGCCGGAUUGCAGCCAGCAGCGUCGCCGCAAACGCUUCCUGAAGACGCGUAAGAAGAGUUGCGAGAAUCGGGAGAAGGUGCAGGAAUCGCCAUUGCGUGAACCGCGGGGAUCCAGAAGCGUGGGCGGAACUCCAGUCUGCCUGCGUCGCCAGCUGCUGAGCAAUAAGGAGCGCAUUUACAAGACUUCACCAUUAUCCAAUCGCUCGAAUUCGUUAAUCUUUGGCCGUGCUAAUGAGCCGCAUUUCAUGACUAUUGCGGAGAGCGAGAAGGCGCUGCUCAAGGCUGAUCUGGAGGCGGACAUGAAGUACAAGCAGCUCAUCAUGGAGGCCGAAUCGCUGCUCGAAUCCAUGAAGAACAGUCUGCAAAGCAUACCACGCGACACUCCGGUAGCCAGUCCGAGACGUCUCAAUCCGCUGGCCAACAAGCGCGUGGAGAUGCUCAAGCACAGCGAGGUCGACUCCAAGAAGCAGAUGGCGCCACCCACACCGCCGCUGGAGCACGAGCUGGCGGCGGCGAUUAACAAGCGAAUUGAGCUGCUCAAAUUUGAGACAACGGCUACGGCAUCGCCACCCAACAGCCCCAAGCCGGGUCGGUGUAGUCCUCGCAAGACGCACUUAACCAACUUUAUCAAUCAGAAUGCGCCGCCCGAGUUGCCGCCACGCAAGCUGAAUACGGCUGGAGCACCUCCAUCCCCACAGCUACAGCUCAACGGGCGUCGUCUGCAAUCCGGCUGCAGUCCAAGAGCGGAACGACGAGCCAUGCACGCGCUGCAGUGCAUCAAUGGCAGCGACUCGGAGCAGGAGUGCAUUGCCGUGGUGCGUCAGAGCAUCGAGGAUGUCACCAAUCACAACUACUUGCAACAACAGCAGGAGCAACAGCAGCAGCCGAACUACAAUCAGCUGGACUACAACAAUCGCAAUGUGGCCGAGCUGCUGCAGCAACAGGAUAACUUCUAUUGUCCACACAGUGAGCCGCUCAAACGUAAGGUCUACAAGGGCAGCAGCUCCUUUGAGCGUAUCAAGAAAACAUUCGACUUGGAGCUGGCAGAUAUGAGCGAACGUCCAAAGACGCAAGUGAAACGUCAGCAAUCGAAGCUAUCGGCUUCCGUUUCGGCCAAGAGCUCCAUGCAGGAUGUAACUGUGGAGGGGGGCAGCAAGGAGCAGCACCAGCAACUCAUCCUGAGCACCAUUGUGGAUUUGAAGCGGAGUCUGGAGCAUCAGAGCUAUGAGCUAAGUGGUCUCACUGAAGAAUAGUUAAGACUAAUUAUCCAACUGAUCCUUGAGAUCCUUGCAAAACUAUCGAUAACGGUUUGAUGAAAAUAGAAUAUAAAUAUAUAUUAAUUUA